CGUUGUGUGCGAAAAAAAUAGCAAAUUGGGUACACAGAAGGAAAAUUCGUCCUUGACAUGAUUGUAGGAUGUUACUUUAGUGCUCUGGAAAACGUUGACGUGUACGCGUGUGUGUGUGCGAAAAACAGGGCGAGCACAAAAAUUGACAAAAUUUAAAUUUUAAUGGUGAAAAAUCGCAUUUAGAGCACGAGAAAAAUCGUUUUUUGCUGAAAAAUUGUUGAAAAAUGCCCGAAAAUUGCGAGAAAAAAGUGAAAAAUUGUUAAAUUUCUAUUUCUAGUUCCGUAAAUCCCUCCUGUGACUCAACUUACCUGCAAAAAAUCAUGACGCUAUCCAGCUGGGAAAAGUUCUGUCUGCUCUUUUGGAAGAAUUUGGUGCUGCAGAAACGUCGUCCCAUCUCGACACUCGUUGAAAUUGCGAUGCCCUUCCUGCUGGUCUUCCUCAUGAUUUACAUGCGAAGCAAAUCCGUACCUACCGUCUUUCGGGAUCCCGAAUUUUUCAAGCCUGUCACCCUCAACGAGACGCAUUUCAUCACGUAUAACCUGGCGUUCGCACCAAAUACGCGCGACGCGCAACGUCUGAUGAACGUAACACUCACGAAAUUCCUGCGAGUCGGCCCCAAAUCCAUCAAAUCGUUCAUCAGUGGCAUCGAUAUGGAUAAUUUUCUGCGACAAAAUAACGAUUAUGUCGGAAUUGAGAUCGAGUCAGAGUACGAAUUUGAUGCUCCGUAUUAUCUCAACUACUCGGUGCGGUAUCCGUCGGAGCUGAAACGUCAAUCGGGCACGUGGGCGACUGAUAUGCGGUUUCAAUCGCCCAUUUUAGACUAUCCGGAGUCGCCGUACCUGCAAGAGGGAUUUGUCGCGAUCCAACAUGCGCUUUUUCAGGGCUUCAUGGCGCUCAAGGUGAAGGAAGGCCCCCGAAAUUAUGACCUGCAAAUACAAAAAUUUCCCAAACCACCGCAUAUUUUUGAUCCGUUUAUGACUUCGGCGGAAGCGACGUUCCCUCUGAUGAUUGUCGUGGGCUUUUUUUACUCGUGCAUCGUCUUGUUGCAAUUCGUGAUGGUCGAAAAGGAGACUCAGAUGAAGGAAACGAUGAAAGUUAUGGGUGUCGAAUAUAAAUUACAUUGGUACGCAUGGUUCGCCAAAUAUUUCGCAUUUUAUGCCAUCAUUACUUUUGUGAUGAUAAUUUUGAUGAAAAUCAAGUUUUUCCCCGAUAAUCCAGUGACAGUGUUGAAUUACUCAGGAUUUUUGGUUUUAUGGGUGUUUUUAUUGCUGUACUCAGUUGCUGCUAUUUGUUUUACCUUCAUGAUGAGCGUUUUCUUCAGAAAAUCAAACACCGCAGGAGCAAUCGCCGGCUUCAUCUGGUUCUUGUCAUUCUUCCCGUUCAGCAUGAUCCAAGGGAGUUUUGCUACUGUUGGCUUCCUCCGUAAACUUGUGUCAUCUCUUUUUUGCAACAGUGCCGUCGGAAUUGGUUUUAUGUUCAUCAUGCAACGCGAAGGCUCGAUGCAAGGCUUGCAAUGGACCAAUUUAUUCAAGCGCGUGAUCCCCGAUGAGCCAUAUAGUGUCGGCGUCGCUGCUUUAAUGCUCAUUUUUGACAGUUUGCUGUACAUCGGCAUCACGAUUUACGUGGAAAAAGUCCUUCCGGGCGAUUAUGGCAUCCCCAAAAAAUGGAAUUAUAUCUUCAAAAAGUCAUUUUGGCGGAAAAAAGGCAACGCAUCGCCAUCUUGUGAGACUUCCCAAAUCGAAAUCGAGCAUGAAUUGAUCGAACCGGUAUAUGACACAGCAGAUACUGAACCCGGAACGCCUGGAUUAAAAGCUGGGAUUGAAACAAAGAACUUGAGAAAGAGUUAUGGCGCGAAAGCUGUCGUUAAGGGAUUGACAAUGAAGAUGUACGAGAACCAAAUUACAGUUUUGUUAGGACAUAAUGGUGCUGGCAAGACAUCCGUCUUCAAUAUGUUAACGGGAAUGAUCGCUCCAUCUGGCGGGACGGCAAUUUUAAACGGAUUUGACAUCAAAGAAAACCUCGAAGGUGUUCAGAGCUCCUUGGGAAUCUGCCCGCAGCAUAAUGUCCUGUUCGAAAGUUUGACAGUUGGUGAACACAUUCAAUUUUUUGGGCGUUUAAAGGGCGUUCCAGAUACUGAAAUUGACAAAGAAGUCGAAAGAUAUUCGGAUUUGCUGCAAUUAGACCCGAAUAUUCAAGCGAAAAAUUUGAGUGGCGGCAUGAAACGAAAAUUAUCGAUCGGAGUUGCACUUUGUGGCGAUUCAAAAAUUAUUUUGUGUGACGAACCGAGCAGUGGCGUCGAUCCAGCUGCUCGUCGAAUGCUAUGGGACUUACUUACGAAAGCCAAAAGAGGUCGAACGAUUCUCAUUUCGAGCCAUUUCAUGGAUGAAGCUGAUAUUUUGGGAGAUCGCGUCGCAAUUAUGUCUGAUGGAGAGCUUCGAGCUGUUGGUUCUUCGUUUUAUUUGAAGAAGCGUUAUGGUACAGGAUACCAUUUAAUUUGUGUCAAGAGCAAAUAUUGCAACAUCGAGGAAGUAACCAGAUUUUUAUCGAAAUUUGUUCCAAACAUCACAAUCGAAAACGACGUCGGUUCAGAGCUUUCAUACCAACUUCCCGAAAAAUAUAUUCCUGUUUUCCGCGAUAUGCUUGUGGCUUUGGAGCACAAUUCAAAGGACAUUGGAAUCGAUAGUUACGGGAUCAGUUUUGCGACGUUACAAGAAGUUUUCUUGAAAAUCGGGACAGAAAACGCCGACGAAUGGAUGAUGAAACACACAGAUGGGAUGCACGUUCCCAACGGCAAACAUGGUGACGAUGAAUUACUCCCAGAAUUGGUUUACGAGACGGGAAAUCGGUUGCAUUGGUAUCAACUGGAAGCACUUUUCCGCAAGAAAAUCAUCUAUUCAAUCCGGAAUUGGCCGAUAAUUUUGCUGCAAAUCGUCGUUCCGGUGUGUUAUGUCCUUUUCACGCUCAUUGUCUACAAAAGUCUCUUGCGGAUGAGCAUUUUGCCGGGUCUCUUAUUGACGCCGGAUGCCUACGAUCGCUCAACAACACUUUUGGAACGCGAUAAUUUCGAUUACAAUCCCCGAAGUCGCAUCGCCGAGGAAUAUAUUGAUCUGUUUCAGCAGGAUUACGCGACGAGACUCGAUCAAACGGGCCUCGUAAUGUCGGAUUAUUUCUUGAGUGAAGCGGAAGACUUGGAAAAUGAAGUGAAUACACGGUACCUGUUUGGCGCAACUUCCGCCUCUCGCAACAAACAUGUGAUAGCAUGGUACAACCCGAAAGCAAUACACUCGUUGCCGAUCUCCGUGGGUCUCGUGCACAACGCGAUAUUGCAGGGAAAGGAUCCGCGAUUCUUUAUUACGGUGAAAAAUCAUCCGAUUGCGUAUCGACCGAAGGAGAACGAGAGUGUGGAUGAUCUCGCCAAAGAUAUUAGCUUUCAACUGAUACUUAAUCUGGCAUUUGCAAUGAUAUUCGUGUCAGCGUUCUACGUCAUUCCUUAUGUUAAGGAACGAGCGAUAAAAUCAAAAUUACUGCAAUUAAUAUCCGGCGUACGAAUUUACGCGUACUGGAUCGUUUCAUUUAUCUGUGAUUUCAUCGUUUUUGGAAUUGUAAUUUUUGUAGCACUCACCUUGAUAUUCGCCUACCAAGAACCCGGUUGGAAGACAAGUGAGGAAUUUGUACGAUGUCUAAUCGUAUCUUUGGUAUUCAUUUGGGCCAUUUUGCCCAUAACUUACAUCUCAUCUCUCAUUUUCGACGUUCCCGUUGCUGGUUACAGCAAAUUAUGCUCUUUUUAUAUGUACACGAGUAUUUUUCCAUUUGCGCUCGUUUUCUUCUUGGAUGCGCUCAAUUUCAAGGACAUCUCGUCGACAAUCCGCAACAUUUUCAUCGUUGUACCGCAUUUUGCAUUUAGUGACGCCCUCAGUGGCUUGUCGCAGGAACGCAAGGAAGGCGAUUACCGUUGUUUCUCCCGCAAAAAACUCGUGUGCGCCUACAAUUACUUCAGUUGGUCGCGUCCCGGCAUCGGAAAGAAUCUUUUUGCGAUGAUUUUUGUGGGUGCCCUUGCAUUUACGAUUCUGUUCCUCUUGGAAUACCGAAUUUUGCAUCGAUUGUUCCACAAAGGCAAGCAACUUGUGAAACUGAGUGUUCCGCCAGCCGAAGAAGGAAUUGUCGAAACUGACGUUCAGAUCGAAAAAGAUCGCGUUCAGAAAAUGGAUGCCGCGCAAAUUCAAUUUAAUCACUUGUUGUUCACGGAUUUGACGAAAUACUACGGAAAACUCCUCGCCGUCAACCAAUUAAGUCUCGCCGUCGAUCGGAAAGAGUGUUUUGGUGUUUUGGGCACGAAUGGCGCCGGAAAAUCCACUUUAUUGAAGAUGUUGACGGGAGACGAGAUGAUUUCUUUUGGCAAGGGGUACGUGCAAGGAGCGAAUUUGAUGUCGGAUUUGCCGGAAGUUUAUCGAAAAAUUGGAUAUUGUCCCCAAAGUGAUGGAAUUCACGAAGAUUUCACCGCGAAAGAAGUCUUGCAUCAAUUUUGCUUGAUGCGUGGCAUCCCAAAAGACCGUAUCGAGGGUUAUAUUCAUCGAUUGGCAUCGGAAUUCACGUUUAAAGCAGAGUUACAUAAGCAAGUAAAGACUCUCAGCGGCGGUACGAGACGAAAAUUGAGUGCUGCCAUCAGUUUAAUUGGAGGUCCUUCGGUUAUUUUCUUGGAUGAACCAACCACAGGUCUCGAUCCGCUCGCAAAACGCAUGUUAUGGACUGCCAUAUGUAAGAUUCGCGAUCAAGGAAGGACAAUUGUGCUUACAAGUCACAGCAUUGAAGAAGCCGAAUACUUGUGUACGCGAGUUGCCAUCAUGGUUAAUGGCGAAUUCAAGUGUUUGGGGUCAUCUCAACAUCUGAAAAAUAAAUUUUCGCAAGGGUAUAUUAUCACAAUUAAAGGUAGUGACACUCACAUUGCCGCUAUUAAGGAUUGGAUGCAAGAUCGCUUCCAUGGAGCACGCUUAAAGGAAACUUACCAAACACAAGUCACUUACCAUAUUCCCGCGAAAAAUCUCAAGUGGUACGACGUCUUUCAAAUCUUGGAAAACGCGAAAAGAGACACUUGCGUACCGAUUGACGACUAUGCCAUUGGUCAAACCUCCCUGGAACAGGUUUUCCUGAGCUUCAUCAAGAAACAACGCGAAGACGAAGUCAAAGGAUCUCAUUGGAAUCUGAUAAAAAAUUAAAAUUUAAGCUAAAAAAUCGCAUUUUUAUAGAGAGAGACUACAAAAAAAAAACACACAAGUAUUUUUCGAAUGCAUUAUUUUUAGUAAUUUAUUUAUUGAAAUCAUUUUUAUCGUCAUUGUAGUACUUUUUUAGAUUUUACUUAAGGAUAUAAGCAAGAGACUUUUUCUUGUUCAUUGCACAAAAUAUUCUUCUACACGUCAAUUUUUUGGUUAUUUUUGAUCUUUCCUGAAUUGAAAAAGGGAAAAUA